ACCAUUCAGCGUUGCCGUGUCUCAGCAACAGACAAGGACGAGUCGCAAAAGAGUGCGCACGGAGACAGAGGAGAGGAGAGAGAGAGAGAGGUCGCAUCCGGUGGCGGCGAGAUGCUGGCGGUGUUCGAUCCGACGGUGGCCAAGUGCCCGGAGGGCCUCCGUAGCCCGCCGGUCGCUGGCGCGGCCGCCGGUGGCGUUGGCGCACUGAUGAAGGGCUUCUCCGGCGCUCACGAGGGCGCCGUCACCGUCAGCCUGGGCCCCGCCGGCGCGCUGGCCUACUCGGGGGCCAACCAGAACCCCCUCGUCCCCAGGUUGUUUGGUGCUGUGAAUGACAUCUUUUGCCUGUUCCAAGGGAACAUUGAGAACAUUGCCAACCUGAAGCAGCACUACGGCCUGAGCAAGACUGCGAAUGAGGUGACCAUCCUCAUCGAGGCCUACAGAACCCUGAGGGACAGGGGCCCCGUCCCAGCCAGCCAGGUCGUGAGAGAUCUCAGUGGAAAGUUCGCGUUCAUCCUGUACGACACCCUGUCGAAAUCCACCUUCGUUGCUGCUGACGCUGAUGGCAGCAUCCCCUUCUUCUGGGGUGUCGACUCCGAGGACCACCUCGUGUUCUCUGAUGACUCUGGGCUCCUCAAGACCGGCUGCGGCAACUCGUUCGCGCCAUUCCCCAAGGGUUGCUUCUACACCACCUCUGGCGGGCUGCAGAGCUUCGAGCACCCGAUGCACGAGCUCAAGGCGGUGCCGCGCGUCGACAGCCAGGGCCAGAUGUGCGGCUCGACCUUCAAGGUCGACAGCGAGGCCAAGAAGAAGCAGGACGCUAGCAUCCCGCGCGUCGGCAGCGCCGCCAACUGGUCCAACCAGUUCUGACCGUCGGCUUCUUCCACCAUUUCUUGCUAUCCAUUUCCCCAGCCGUGAGGUGCCGAUCGGUGUAUCUGAUGAAUUGCUGAGGCAGACGAUGCUGCUGUGCUAUGCUACGGUUUUUUACGAAUUUGUCGAACGCCAUGAGACUCUGAUCACGUUAUCUACCUCGUCGUAGUGCUGAUACUAAUCAUACCAAGUGUCCAGGUGGUGGUAGACACCUGCAGAAUCUAUCUCCCAUGUUACAAUAAAAAGGAUCCAUUUGGUACCGUAA